UCCUUCUCCCUACUACCUGCUCUGGAAACCACUCAACAGCCAACUGAGGACAACCCAGCCUGGUACAGCAUGUGAGUGUCCCCCUGGGCACAUCAUUUACUCCACCUGCUGUGAGGAAGUAUAGGAAACAUUUUUUUUUCUGUAAGGAAAUAUAAGAAACCUUUUCAGAAGCUGUGAAGACAUUUAGAGGAAGAUGGAGAACCCACUUCUUUUAUUUCCCCAACUAAACAUCUCUGCUUCAAAGGAGAAGCCCUACCACAAUGUCAUGAAAUCAACAAUUAAAGAAGAGCCACAUAAAGCAAGCAAGCCUGGAGCUAAGCAGAAGAGAAAUAGGCUGAGCCUUCUCCUGCAGAAGUCUGAAUUCCACGAAGAGGAUCAUUUUGGUAAAGCUGGCAACUUGACAAAAGCAGCAAGCAGUGUGUCUCCUGAAGAAGCAGUGAAAUGGGGGGAAUCUUUUGACAAACUGCUUUCUGAGAAAGCUGGAUUGGAUGCCUUCAUGAAGUUCCUGAAAACUGAGUUCAGUGAGGAGAACAUCGAGUUCUGGAUAGCUUGUGAGGAUUACAAGAAAAGCAAAACUUCACAUGAACUUUUGCCAAAAGCCAGGACCAUUUAUGAAACAUUCAUACAGAAAGAUGCUCCAAAAGAGGUGAACCUGGACUUUCAGACCAAAGAAGUCACAAGUCAGAACAUUCGACAACCCAUCCUCACCACCUUUGAUGCAGCACAAAACACUGUCUACAGGCUGAUGGAGCAAGACAGCUACCCACGUUUCCUGAGAUCUGAUCUGUACUUAAGUUUGCUGAAGGGGAGAAAUCCCAGCCGGCCUGCCCUGAGGAGGCGAUCGCGAUCUUUCACCGUCAAUGAUUUCCAGGGUGUACGACCAGACUUUACUGUUUGGUAGCAAGGAAAC